AUGGCAAAGAACUCAGAGAGUAGCAGCAAGAACCAGGAGACGAAGAAAGAAAGCAGAGUGUGUGAGAAGAUUUUCAGAGCAAUGACGAGUCCUGUUCGAACUGUUCGCCGCCUCUCCACCAAACCUUCACCGAAGCACCACCAAGCGGAGCCUGUCCGCGUCAAGUUCUCUGAGACGUCGACUCAGGCAGCCAAACCCAUUUCAAAGAUGGAGCCGCUGAUCACUCGAGUGGAGACGAAGCUGAAAACGGACGAGAGGUUCACUGAUUAUAUAAAGAAAGCCAAACUGAAGAUCAGGGCAGUGACGAAUCCGGGUGACAUGAUGAGGAACGAUGCGUCGAAGACAAGUGAAGCAGAGGCACGUGAUCAUCGUCGUCAGUGCCAUGUCCCUACCGCUAGUGUCUCGAGAGAGGGUAGCAGUGGAAGGUCAUCAGAUCAUUUCUCCGAGUACAUAAGGAAGGCGAAGAUGAAGCUCAGAUCUUCCACCGUCGCUCGUGCGAACCCAACUUACAAGGAUUGA